GCCUUUUUGUUUAUUUUCUUCGCUGUCUACCACCUCCUCUCAACCUCUACCUCUCUUCAACCUCCUCCACUUUCCCCUUGUGCAUCAACACUGAACGCUUUCGUCAACUGGAAUCAACCUCUCGUCACCGCGCCCGUGCUCAAUUUCUGCCGCACAGACACCACGGUACUACCACUCCUACACCACCACCGCCACUUGACAUUCCCCUCGACGCCAUGCAGAACCAGAUGGACAAGCAGCCACUUGGUGGCAGCCCGACUUCGGUCCACUCGUCGCCCCUCAACCCCAACUCGUUCAACAUCAUGCCGGGCUCUGAGGCUUCUACUCGCAGGCAACGCAUUGCCAUGGCGUGCCAGUACUGCCGUCAUCGCAAGAUCAAGUGCUGCGGCUCUAGCCCUUGCGCCAACUGCACCCGUGCCCGCCGCUCCUGCGACUACUCGCCCGUCCCCGAGGAGGUGAACCGGGCCACCCGCGAGAAGAAGGCCGCCGCUAAGGCCGCGAAGCAGUACGCUCAUGCCCGCGCCGCUCCAUACUUUGUCGACCAGUCCAUCUACUCGAUGCCCUACCUCGCCGGACCAGGCCCUAUCCGUGGCACUCAUGUCCCUCCUCGCCGGUCUUACUCGACCCCAGUCACCUUCUCUCCCUACUCGCCCGUGCCACACGGUGCUCCCAUGACCUCGCCUGCGCACUUUGAGAGCCCAUGGUUCUCGGGUCCGCCUGUGCCGGUCAUCAAUGUCUCGCCCAUGGUCCCUGUGAUGCCCGUGGCGCCCGACCACACCCCCAUGAUGGACGGCGGUGAGGACCCGAACAUCUACACGACCUACGCCACGGCUCCCGUUUCGCCUACUGAGUCGUCGGCGAGCACCUCGUACCCAAUGCCGGUCACUCCCGUCAGGAAACCCAUCCUCAACACUCCCCCUCACACACCGUCGCAGGCCUACUUCCAGCCGACGCCCAAUCUCCUGACCUACACUCCCCAGCCCUUCCCCUUCUCGCCGUCUCCGCUCGCCCAGUCAGCCUUCUCCACUUCCCCAACACUGUGCCCUGGCCUCCCUGUGCCACCACAGAAGGCUCACGCGCCACAGCCCCUCGUCGGUCUCGGCAUUGGGCUCGCUGGCAACGAGGAGAAUGCCUACGCCGCUCCCUCGAACGACUACCUCUCGGCCGGGAACACCUGGACUCAGCCCGACCCCAACUACUUCUAAGCCGUCUUGGACUUUAAACCUGUUUGCCUCUUUGGACCUCAUAGAUGGGAAGACCGACCGUGCCGGAACACCUUCCUCUAGACAUUGAUUUGGACCUUUUCCCCAUUUUUCUCUCGUUUGCGCCUCUCGACUCGACUCCUCGGCAGCAAUGGACUCAAUGGACCUCGAACAAUAGCCGAUUCCCCUACAUAUUGGUGUACCUAUAGU